GCAUCCUUGCGUUUCCCAGGUCCCCCCCCCUCGAGCCAUGCGGUUAUAGCUUGCUUACGGGUUAUAGCGGCAGCACAGCAGACCCUGGACGUCUGGGCUCGGCCACCAUCGGCUGUGGGUCGCGACUCUUGUCUCGGCAGGCAUGGUCGUCCGCGAGAUGCUGUGUAUCGCCGUUACUCUGCUGGGAUGGGCAUCCCAUCUCUCAGUCGCCCUAGCAGGCUCAUUGCUUCGUGGCCUGUCCUGACGCCGCGACGCCGCUCUACCGUGGCUCUGGGAUGCCAUUCCCUUCCACAUCCCUUUCAAGUGCAGAUACUUGUUCAUCCUCCAUCGCGAGUCUUCCCAACCAUCGACACGACGAGAGUCUACCCCUGCUGCAGAUUACAUCACCAACCCCGGUCUGCAACCUAUACCAGAGCCACUCCAGCUCGCACUGCACUGCUUCUGCUCUGUUUCCAAAUAUCAACUCGUCUCGUACCGAAUUCCCCAAGCAACUUGCGCCACUGCUGUAAUUGUCAUUGUCGCUCGCUCGGCCAAGUUCGCCCUCUCGUCAGCAUGACCGAUACCAACUGCUGUUUGGAUACUCCCAUGAGCCCCGUUCUUUCGCCCUCGUCCAUCGACGCCCCCGACUCCUUCGCCAAGGGUGCCGCAUCACUCUCCUCGCCGCCGCUAUCACCAAGGCGCUCCGUCCUGGGUGACGACGACCUGGGCUUUGGCCACGCGCGCCAGCAGUCAUCGCGCAAGUCAACGAACCCGUCUCGGUCGGCCCAGUCGUCGUCACUGGGAUGUCUCGUUGAGCCCGGGUUGCAGGACCGCGUCUUCAAACUAGACGUCUACGACGCAUAUCUGCGCCAUCCUCGACAGCUCUUCAAGAUGGGCAAGGCCGAGCUGCCCAACGCCAAGUUCCAGCGCCUCGCCAGUCGCCCAAAGAGCAGCGGUCGGCUCACCCGGCUCGCUGAGAUUGAGCGGAGAAAGCGAGAAGCCCAAGCGACUCUUCCAGCCGUCGUACCGGCAGUGCCUGUCGCCCUUGCCGCCCCAGCUCUGCCUUCAGUCCCAGCAUCGGUGGCAGUCCUCGGAUCACCACCAGCGCCAGUACCAGCGCUUAUAUUGGCAUCGACAGUGAGCGAGUACCCCUCGGCUCCGAAUACCCCCAAAGCUGUGGAUGCACCUGCGGUCGACUCCGAGAAGAAGAUCCGUACGUAUUUGACCAAAGGCAAGGCCAAGGCGCAGAAGGGCCACAAGCAGAUUGCCGAAAUCGUCUCCGACCUGGUGAACAGCGACUGCCCGUUGUUCAACAUGGACGACUUUGCAAAUACCUCUGGAGCACCUGUCGUCUACUACAAAGCCACCACCGCAACUCCAUUCGAGAUCGAGAUCAACGCCGAGGGCUACGACCAACUGACAUUCGAGGAAAUCCGCACCUGCGAAGCGCUGCGGAUCCAGCCGCCGAUGUAUUUCCACAUCAAGCGCACCAUGCUCACCGCCGUCCACACCAUCGGCCCGUUCCGCAAGCGCGACGCUCAGGACUGGUUCCGAAUCGACGUCAACAAGACCAACAAGCUCUAUGACUGGUUCCAGGCUCUUGGAUGGAUCCCGCAGUGGUCCUUUGAUGAGCGCCGGGGCCGUCGGACGACCUGAAUGCUGGCGGCCGGCCUCCCAGCUACUUGGAGGGGUCGCGACGAUGUGAUAUCAAGGGCAUUGUCGUCCCCGAACACCGCUGUCUCCGAGUGUCUCUCCUUUUCUACAGUGUCGUUGUGUCCAGCUCUGAAUACAGCUUGUUCGGAACGAAACGAGGCAGAGUGCCUCCGAGUGUCUCUCUCAGCGAUCUGUCGCUCCGAUGGCCAGGCCACAGGAUUGUCCUCCAAUCUUUUGACGGCGAUCCAGUGGUUUGGCUGAGCACUUCUAGCCGAUGUCCUGUGGAGAUGGUCGGCAGGCAGUGAUG